AUGGCUAACAAUUUCUUAUAUUAUUUCAGGACGUUUCUGGCCGUCGUGGUAUUAAUGGUAAGUGCCCUCUAUGGUACGCUUGCGUCUAUUGUUUGUCUCAUUAUUGGAAAGCAACACUUAGCACAAUGGACCACGGCACGUUUCUACUAUUACGCAUCUAAAUAUAUCAUGGGAAUCGACGUUAAAGUUAUCAAUGAACAUAAUAUUACAAACUUACCAUGUAUUGCUGUCUCUAAUCAUCAAUCUGCCCUAGAUAUUUUAGUAUUGGGCAGGAUGUUCCCAAAAGGCUGUACCGUUAGUGCCAAGAAAUCAUUAAGGUACGUCCCAAUUUUGGGCUGGUUCAUGGCAUUAAGCGGUACCCUCUUCUUAGACAGAGGUAACAGAGAGAAAUCAGUCAAAACUUUAAAUAACAGUUUACGAAAGAUUAAAGAUAAUAAGAGAGCCUUAUGGAUUUUCCCAGAAGGUACUAGAUCUUACACUACUGAUUUGGAAACCCUACCAUUCAAAAAAGGUGCUUUCCAUUUAGCUCAACAAGGUAACAUCCCCAUUGUCCCAGUCGUCGUCUCAAACACCAGUACUAUUAUGUUCUCCAAAUGGAAUGUUUUCAACAGAGGUACUCUAAUCAUUAAAGUCCUAGACCCAAUUCCAACAUCUGAUUUGAAGAAAGAAGACAUCGGUGCAUUCACCGAAAAGGUCAGAGAUUUGAUCUCAAAGGAACUGAAGGAAGUCGGUUACUCAAUUCCAAUCGUUGACACUAACCUUCCACCAAAUUUAGUUGAAAAGAACGGACGUAUUGUGAAAAAAGCACUUCCUGCCAAGGAUAUUGUUGAAGAAGUUCCAGCCUCGAGUAGCAUUGGUAUUACUGCUGAGAAAUAA